AAUCAUGUCUCCCACUCACAAACAUAUAUGUUACAUAUAUACACAUACACUCCGAAAGAAAAGACUAGAACUAGCUAUCAAAAGAACUACAAUAAAUUAUUAUUAAAUACACGUAGGAAAAUUCUACUAAAUAGUAUUAUCAAUUACAAGUAUUUAAAAUAUUGUGAUAAGUUGUAGUCUAUAACGGCAAAAGUUGUUGCCUUUGUUAAUUUGUGUAGAAUUUUUUUCCGCUAUGAUAUAUCUUUAGUUCUUUCGAUUAUGUCACUGUCUCAAUUACAACAUUAAAUUCAAUGUAACAACACAUACUCCAAAGUUCAGUAAAUGCAUAAUGAAAUUUAGAAGCACAAGGCAACGAGCAGCUGAAAUCACUAUAGUAUAUAAUAUAGUCUGGUCGACCCCACUCCUCUCUUUCAUGGCAAAGCAGUGAAUCAGGUCUGUCAUACGUAGAAGCCAUUUCAAACGGCAUCGGUUUGUCGACACUAGCGCAGGCAGGUUUUUCAUUUCACGUGAGAAACAGUGAAAACAGGUGUUUAUUACGUUAACUCAUUUGUGAAUUCAACCUGGAAAUUAUUACGCACCUUUUCGAAUUUUAUAAUGGACGCCAACAUCGGGUGCAAGUGGCUUGCGCUCUUCGCGCUUCUUACACUUCAUUUUGAACCAGCCAAAAGUAUCGAGUGUUACCAGUGCACCAGUAGCAGCACUGUCAACCCUUUUCAGUGCACUGAAUUUUUAUCGAGCGACAUCGAUAUGAAGCCAGAACCCUGCGAUAAAAUUUAUGGCGCUCAAUACUGCGUUAAAGUCGUCGGCCGUUUGGAGGUGCUGCCUCUUGAAUGCUACCAGUGCGCAACAGCUGACGAAUGGAAAUGCACGGAUGGUGAUUUGACCGUAGAAGCGCUUCAGCCACAAAGUUGCGACCACAUCUUCGAAGCUAAAUACUGCAUCAAAUCUGUGGGGAGAUAUGGAGAUGGAAUUGGUACCAAACGAUUUUGUUCAUCCAAAGAUCGGGGCAAUUCCUGCGAAUACGUGCGUCAACCUGGAGACAAACUUACGUAUCGCACGUGCAUCUAUACCUGUACUGGGGACGGUUGUAAUCCGGCUUCCGGUCUCCUUCCCAGCAUACUGACGAUUAUAUCCGGUUUGCUGAUCACUCUCAGAUUCUUAUUUCAUAGAUAGAAUUGUGACUAAGAUGGAAACCGUUAGUGCGGUUACUAAAUGUGUUUGACAGACGGCCAUUGGUAUACACGUUAAACGUGAUCUUCUAGAUGACUGUUACCAAAUAGAAUCUCAUUUGCCUUUAUCAUUUUGUUACAUGAUGACCUCUGUGCAUUUUUUGUACCAGAGGGUAUUCACGAGUCUGACGUAUUUUUGUGAAUUGUCAGGAAAAUCGUAGGAGCGCCUAGAAAUAAUUAUUCUUAUGAGACACAUAAUAUAAGUGACCUGAGAGAGCUGAAAGUAAUUUCAUAAGCAUACACACUGUCCAGUAAAAUGUAAUUACGUGAUAUUUAUUACAACAAAGAUCAUUAAUCUGUCUGAUAUAGGCUCUUGCUUUUUUGUAUAUCUACUCUUACACGUUACGUUAUAGUGUACUCAUAAGGAAUAGGAUAAGCAAUGAAAUCUCUAUUAGCGAAGAAUAAGACGACGUGGAGGAUGCAUAUGUUAUUUAGCUGUUUAUUUAAAUAAGCUAGUUAAAAAAAAAUCCUUCACGUACAUCAUUAAUACGUACAAAUUGUAGCUGCAUUCAGCAGAAACAGGACUGACGGAGCAAAUAAAUACGAUUAGUGAAAUUUUACAUUCGUUUCAAGAUUUAAAGUUGAGUGAUCAAUUCAAUGUUCUUGCUCCCUUAGUAUCCCUUCUGUUGAACAUAGCCAAUGAACGUAUAGAUAUCUAGGUAAUGAAUAGCUACGACAAAUUUAUUGAUGAUUCUGUAAAAUAUUCUUUUUUGUGCAUUUUUUGCGUGACACACUUCUCUUUGGCAUGUAUAUAAUAAGGCAACCAUUUCGACUGGUCGUACCAAUUAUGGAAUUUGACAUUAAUCUUUUUAUUUCCUUUUUUCUUUCUAACUUUCCACCCUAUGAAGAAACGCAGCUUAUGGUACAGGUCGAUUGCUUAGAGUCGAGUGCCAAAAAUUUGGCACACCAGUUCCCCUGCCAAUAUACUUCUAAUAUCUAUACGAAUUGCUACAAUUACAAUGUAAUAUUCAGUUCGCCAUUCUAACAAGCCUUUUCCAUAAACACGUAAAAGCUGGCGAGUUCUUAAUCUUCAUCAGCACACACGUGUGCUCGCGUUAGGUGUAAAAUUUGCCCUGGCGAAUAAUCGCUAAUACAUUCCAGUAAAAAUAUAUAUAUAAGCUACAGAUGUUUAAUACAGGGAGGCUUAACGUACAGACUGCUACGAGCGGUAAGAGCUUCGUUUACUCUUAGACAGAAAACAAAGUAAUGUAAAUAUAAAUUCUUGAAUCGAGUAAAGAUUCCGCAACAUGAUUCUUGCACUCGUCGCAUUCAAGUGCAAUACUCUUCUCACGCAAUCUGACAAUUAUCGUAGACAUAAGUAAACUAUGAUCGAGUCUCUUUUUUGUGAAUUGUAGAAUAGUAAGUGUUGAUUUGCCGCAAUAAAACGUACUCUAUAAGAA